CCGCCUCUCCCCUAGCGUCCCGCUCGGCCCCGCCCACGAGCCCCACCUACUGAACCCCACCAGCGCCGGGAGCAUCUAGCGUCCCCUACGGGCCCCCGGGUCGGCUUCCGCGGUCGCCAUGACGGCGGCCGUUUUCUUCGGCUGCGCUUUCAUUGCCUUCGGGCCUGCGCUCGCCCUCUAUGUCUUCACCAUCGCCACCGAGCCGUUGCGUAUCAUCUUCCUCAUCGCCGGAGCUUUCUUCUGGUUGGUGUCUCUGCUGAUUUCGUCGCUUGUUUGGUUCAUGGCAAGAGUUAUUACUGACAACAAAGAUGGACCCAUACAGAAAUAUCUGCUUAUCUUUGGAGCAUUGGUCUCGGUCUUUAUCCAAGAAAUGUUCCGAUUUGCAUAUUAUAGACUCCUAAAAAAAGCCAGUGAGGGUUUGAAGAGUAUAAGCCCAGGUGAGACAGCACCCUCCAUGCGACUGCUGGCCUAUGUUUCUGGCUUGGGCUUUGGAAUCAUGAGUGGAGUGUUUUCCUUUGUGAAUACCCUAUCUGACUCACUGGGGCCAGGCACAGUGGGCAUUCAUGGAGAUUCUCCUCAGUUCUUCCUUAAUUCAGCUUUCAUGACGCUGGUCAUCAUCCUGCUGCACGUGUUCUGGGGCAUUGUCUUUUUUGAUGGCUGUGAGAGGAAAAAGUGGUACAUCCUCCUUAUAGUUCUCCUGACCCAUCUGCUGGUAUCAGCCCAGACCUUCAUAAGUCCUCAUUAUGGAAUAAACCUGGUGUUGGCAUUUAUAAUCCUGGUGCUCAUGGGCAUCUGGGCAUUCUUUGUUGCGGGAGGCAGCUGCCGAAGCCUGAAACUCUGCCUACUCUGCCAAGACAAGGACUUCCUUCUUUACAACCAGCGCUCCAGAUAACCUCUGGGAACCAACACUUCCCAAACUGCAGACUGCAUCUUUAGAGGAAGCACAACUGUGCCUUUUUCUAAAAAUCCCUUUUUCUGGUGGAAUUCAGAAAGAACUAUCCAGAUACGAGUGUCAUUCACUUGGCUUUCUCGCAACCGCUCUCCGAAAGGGAUGCCUCAGUGGUGAGCGUCCUGGCUGCAUGAGGAUCACCUGGGGCAAUGUAAAGCUUCUGAUUCUGGGCUCCACCCUCCAGAGUUCAUUGGCCUAGGCACGUGGUUGAGUUUUAAAAGCUUCCCAGGUGAUUCCGAUGUGCAGCCAGGCAGAGAACCACUGGUUUGGUAUCCAAAUGGGAGCUUCCUGAGAACACCAUACGUGAAUGAGAGUCUGCCUAACUGUCUCCUAACUCAUCUUGUGCUGAGCAAGUAAGUAUGUGAAUGUCAAAUCCUGGUUAACUUUUAUCUAAGUUCUGAAGUCACAGGAGGCUAAAGAGCUAUCAGCCCUGUUAAGUGUUUUUGUGUACUGCACCGUCUUAGAGAACGCGGUAGGCUGUGCUUCUAAUCCAAUCAUACGUCACACUCAUAAUUUAGCCAAAGUCAGAUACUGAUGAAGCCGUAUUUUUCCAAAGUUCUUCAAUUCUGGGUUUUGCUUUCUGAGGCAUUACAUUGUUUUUGAGUAUAGAUUACAUUUUAUUCACUAAAAAUGACUGUUUUCGACUUCCUGGGGAAGUUAUUCUAAAAUCAAGAAUUUUUAUGCAAUGUCUAGAAUUCCUUCCCCUGUUUAAAGCUUUUCCAUGGGCUUUGCCCCAAGGCCGUGGGCUGCAGCGUUGACCAUCUGAGUGCCAGUUGCUGCGCUAGUUGAGGUGAAAUGCAUUCUUUUAUCUCUGAGCAGCUGAGCAGGGAGCUGAGCGGCGUGUCUGGGACGGGCUUCACUGGAGCUGGUGGAAGUAGAAUCAGAAGCACGAGGAAAUGAGCCAGAAGGGGGUUGUUGAUGGUUUUCAUUUGUUCCUGUGAUACCAACAACAUUUCAUCCAAAUGGUUUAAUGUAAAGUUGGAACUAGAUCUUAAAGUGCCGAAUCUCACACCAUUACAUAAUCCUUAUGAUCUUCAGAUCUAGUCCGUGUCUCUGGGUUUUGGUACCAGAUACAGCAUUCCCUUUACAGGAAUACCCCAGGUGUUCUUUCAGCUUCCAGAUAACCCCUUUGAUUUCCUUUAUAAGGGGAAAAUGCCAGCAAAUUGUGCCUUUACUUUUAGAAAUUGUUCCCAGUUGAUGUCUUUUGGGGAGCUGGUAGCGUGAAAUGCAAAUGACCUAUACAUUAAAGUGGCGUCUCAGUGAAUACCACACAUGCAGUAGAACGUUCAAGAGAGAAGAGCAGCAAUGCUGAGGGGCCGGGGGAGUGACGGUGGCGGGACAGGUGGGUGGGUUUGACAGAUUGUGGUGGGAAGAAGAAUGAACAUGUUUAAAACAAACGUGGCCGGGGUUUGGGGCUAGCCACACACCAUUCCAGAGGCCAAAACCUUGAACCAGACCUUGAUCAAUAUCAGUGAACCCUCAUGUUUAAAAUAUUAGAAUGUCUCAGUCUAAUAGAGAUAAAGAAGAGGAGGGCUUCCAGCAAUGCUGUGAACAGUCUGAUAAGCAAUUGUGGUUAUUCCCUGAAGUUGACUUCGGCACCAACACCAGUUCUCCAGCUUUACACAAGAUUUUCCUUGGACUGGAAGAGUCAAGGGUAUAGAGACCACACAGUGACGUUCACUGUGCAGUGUCAAGGGGAAUAAGAUACUCAUCAAACUGGGAUCGUUCUUCUCAAAACAUGGUGUUCUUUGAAUAAGAAAAAUACAUAGUUGGUUAUUAUGGACUUAAAACUCUGUUAAUGGAUAUUCUGAUAAAAUAGUUGCUGAUACAUAGCUGAUGGUUUCGUAUUAACUAAAGCUGGAUAUUGUAAAAUCUCCUAAGAACUCAGAUGGGAAGAAAGUUGUAUUGGCUGGUGAGACUGUGGUCUUUAUUUAAUAAUCCUUUGUUACCUGUGAAUGAAGGAACUUUGUAAUUCUGAUUUCUCCUAAAACAUGAGCCUUUCCAGAGUCAGCUUAGACACUGUUGUUGCAAAUAGCCAUGCUUUGCCUUAUGCCAAGGAAGCGCAGAGGGAGGGUGUAGUCUUCCCCCGUUGCUGUGUAUAUAUUGAAAUGCUUUUUUUUGCAUUUUUUAUCUAUGAUGAGUUUCUGAACCCUGAUUGUAUGUGAGAUGAACAGGAGGUGUUCAUAUUAUACAUUCCCUUCCCUUCAGGAUUUUCUCCUUGGGGGGAAAUGUAGAUAUAAAGUUGACCUUGGAGAAUUGUGAAUAUUUUUGCAAUUCUUGAACACAUUACCAUGUAAAUAACAAGAGACUGUGUUGCUCUCUAGUAUACACUAUAUUUAUGUUUAAUUCAUUCGAAUCAGUAGUUACAACUGGAGAAGUGUCGUGGCCUCUCUCCCGGCCUGCCAGCCUGGCCGGCGGUGUAAGAAGUGUCGUGGCCUCUCUCCCGGCCUGCCAGCCUGGUCGGCAGUGUAAGAAGUGUCGUGGCCUCUCUCCCGGCCUGCCAGCCUGGCCGGCAGUGUAAGAAGUGUCGUGGCCUCUCUCCCGGCCUGCCAGCCUGGCCGGCAGUGUAAGAAGUGUCGUGGCCUCUCUCCCGGCCUGCCAGCCUGGCCGGCAGUGUAAGAAGUGUCGUGGCCUCUCUCCCGGCCUGCCAGCCUGGCCGGCAGUGUAAGAAGUGUCGUGGCCUCUCUCCCGGCCUGCCAGCCUGGUCGGCAGUAUAGUAGCAGCUGCCUCUUUUAGGGCAUCUUAAUGAACAGGCUGAAAGGAAUUAACGGCGAUAACUGCAUACUGCAUAGAAAAUGGCUUCUGUUCCCACUGUUAACAUUUUCUUCUCAGUCACAUUUCAGUGUUUGUGGAGAGUGGCAGAUUCACACCAGAAACACUGGGUGUUCCUCUCCAUAGAGUGGAUGCGGAAUAAGCAGUGUGACAGAAGCCGCUUCCUUCCUGGUGCUCCUCCCACUCACCUCAACCCAGCCCCCCGACAGGCCUUAGCAUUCAGUGUGGGUCCUCAGGCAGCACUGAAACCUGGCUGGCCCACCAAACAGGGUGGCAGGCUGUGGCAGGCAUCAGCGGCCUGCUUCCCGGGAAGAGUUCCUUGAGGGUGUUGGCUGUUUUUGUUAGCUGGGUUUUUUUCUGGGCUCCACCACUCCUAACUCCAGGUAGACAAGAUAGAUGUCACACCAAACAAUUUUUAAGUACUCUGCUUAGUGCAUUUCGUUAAUGAUUGCAAUGUUUGUUUCUUUAGGGGGCUUUUUAUUUCAGUUUAUUAAGUUUUAGCGUUUAGAAGAGGCGGGUACUGUCACUAUGUAAAAUGUGUAAUAUCUUAUGUGUUAUACUAUGUCAUAUAUACUUGCAAUAUCGGACCUUGCAUUCAAUAUACAGUGCAGUGGACUCUUUGCAGACCCGCAUUUUUCAGUGAACAAUAAAAAGAUUGUUCGGCAUUA